CUGAGCCGGGCAUAGCACAGCGCGGUGUGUCUGUCUCUCUUCUCACCAACGACCAUGAAGAUCUUCUCCCUCUCAGUUGUUCUCGCACCUUCCUCAGGCCCUUGUUCAGUUCUUAGCUCUACUUCAGAUGUCUCUAGUUUCUCGUUCUACCAGAGAGGUUCUGUCAGCGAGUUUUUGACAUUCUUCACCAAGACAGUCGUAGAGAGAACUCCUCAGGGCCAGCGUCAGAGUGUACAAGAGAACAAUUACACUGCCCAUGUGUACAACAGGAGUGGUGCAGAGCAGCUUUCAGCUAUUAUUAUUACUGAUCAUGAAUACCCCGUUCGACCCGCCUUUUCUCUUCUAACAAAGCUACUUGAUGAUUUCACUGCCAAAGUCCCCCAGUCUGCCUUCGGAAACCCAGGAUCAAUAUCAUUCCCAGAGAUCCAGACCUACAUUCAGAAGUACCAGGAUCCUCGGCAAGCUGAUACAAUUAUGCGGGUACAACAGGAGCUAGAUGAGACGAAGAUUGUCCUGCACAAGACCAUCGAAUCUGUUCUCCAACGCGGGGAGAGGUUGGAUAACCUUGUAGAGCGAUCGAAUGCUCUAUCCGCACAGAGCAAGAUGUUCUACAAGACAGCUAAGAAGCAAAAUUCAUGUUGUGUGAUCAUGUGAACGACUAUUUCUUCUCUCCUCGUUCAUACUUUUUCUUUGUUGCGGUUGUUGUUACGUCGGACCAGGUAAUUAGUAACACAUCCGUUAGUUCUGUAUUUCACAUGUCGUGAUCGUGUCAGUGUGGCCAGUUUGCUGCGUGUCAUGGAGCAAGUCAAUUAUGGACUGAUACCACAGUCUGUAAGUCUAGAUUAGCAUGCAAAUUCUAGCCAAAAAUGACACGGCUGAAAACGAAGUAGCCGCGCUA